ACCCUACCCAUUAGCUCAUCCCUCAUCAGAAAGCGACAACUGGUUAUGUGCAAAGUUGGGUUCAAAAUCUGUGCAGCAUCGUCGAAAAUGGGUGGACACCCAGUCUGUGAACUCAUUGAGGUGA